AUGGGGAUUAUUGUUUACUCCGGCGGAGAUGUGCACAGGUCAAGUAUUUUCAAGGAUACUGAGUUCUUCAUCAAGUGGGAUGGGCAUUGGGACUUGUUUCUGGAUGAAGAUCUCGCUGCUGCAAAUGCGGCCAUUGAUGCUGAAAUUAAGGAUUUGAUUAUGAAGAUUUUGUGGUGGAAGAUGGUUGUUUGUGCUUCCUACAUCGAGGCUGAGCACGUGCACCAUUUCCGCACGCCGGUAAAGCCCGCCCAAAACAGAGGCCUCUCCGCCUCCGAUCUCCAGAAGCUCCCCAAGGUGACCGGCAAAGAUCUGGUCAUGGACACCGACUGCGCCAUCUGCUUAGACGAAAUCAAGCCCGAGCAACCGGCCAGGAUGGUUCCCGGUUGCAACCACGACUUCCAUCUAGAAUGCGACGACGCGUGGCUCACUAAAAACUCCAUUUGCCCUGUUUGCAGAGCUAAGCUCAAUCCCGAUCAAAUCAGCCCCUGCUGA